GGUGGCCAGGCCAGCACCUGCCCAAGUUCCCGCCAGGAACGGGAGGGACCUGCACCCGGAAACUGAGAGGAAAACCUUUCAGACUAUGGUGGCGACAACACCCUGACAGCUCAAAGCAUGAGCCGGCUCUGGACCACGAAGGCUGGGCUGGUGGCGUGCGGCAUGAUCUGCGCCUUCAUCUUCCUUUACCUGAGAAGCCCAGAGCCUGAGGAGGCUGACGCUGAGCCCACCCGCCCAGCUGUGGUGGAAUGCGGCUUCUAUCCAGAUGAGCUGUGCUCGGCUUUAUUUGAGGGGAAAAAGGCCGCCCCGCAGAUUGCACAAUUCUGCAGACCCCCUCAGAACUCUGAGGUACUCGCUCAUUUGCGCUCUCCUGGAAACUGCUCCAGGAUGGCCCGGGGGCUGCAUUUCAUAACCAGACCCCUGUCUGCAGAAGAGGGGAACUUCUCUUUGGCCUAUGUUAUCCAUGCUCCUAAGGAACUAGCCAUGCUUGUGCGGCUUCUCAGAGCAAUUUAUGCACCUCAAAACGUCUACUGUAUCCACACUGAUGACAAGGCCCCCACGAAGUUUAAGAGUGCCAUGCAGACCUUCGUGGGCUGUUUCAGAAACGUCUUUCUCUCAUCAAAGACACAGAGGGUGGCGCAUGACAACCUCAGGAGGCUGCAGGCAGAGAUUGACUGCAUGAGGGACCUGGUCCAUUCCCCACUUCAAUGGCGCUAUGUCAUGAAUCUCGGUGGACAGGAAUUCCCUAUCAAAACCAACAAAGAAAUCAUCCACUACAUCAGAACCAGGUGGAAGGGUAAAAACAUCACUCCUGGGGUGACCCCAGCCUCAAACACGAAACCCAAGACCGGCCAAAGCCCUCCAAAGCCCAGCUCCAAUGAAAAUAGCUACACAUCUCCAAAUACAAGGUUCAAACCAAAACCACCCCGUAAUCUAACAAUUCACUCUGGAAGUGCUUACUAUGCACUUACGAGAAAUUUUGUAGAGUUCGUCCUAACUGAUCCCCGUGCGAAAGACAUGCUGCAGUGGUCCAAAGACAUCCCCAGCCCAGAGCAGCAUUACUGGGUGACUCUGAACCGACUGACAGAUGCUCCAGGUGCCACGCCAGGUGCUGGAUGGGAAGGACACAUUCGAGCCAUGAAGCAGAGAACAGAGGCAGGAGACGGUCACACAGGGUGCACAGGCCAUGAUGCCCAAGAUACCUGUGUGUACAGCCUGGGAGACCUGCCUUGGCUCGUCCAGUUGCCAGCUUUUUUUGCCACGAUGGAGCCCUCCACAGACCCACUGGUGGUCGUAUGCAUAGAGAGGAGGCACAGACUCAAAGCCCUACAGCAGGCCGAGGUCCCCCCAGAGCCACACUGGCAAUUUCCCCAGGAAAGCCACUUUAGCAGUCAAGCCCACGACUAA